AACAUUACAAAGAAAACUUGUGAUUUUGCUCCAGAAACUCAGAUCUGUGGGAACAUCAUUGGCUUGGCAGAUAGGGAAAUAGCAACCUUUUCUCACUAAUGUGGGGUUCAUGCAGCUUAGUGAGACCAUGAAGACGUCUUGAGAAUGUGACCAGCUCUGCCUUCCUCCAACAGGUCCAGGGGACAACAGAUUAGAAAACUGUUGGGAGCAUUUCCUUGGGGACCUCAACACUGUGAAUGACAGGUCUGCUCAUGGCAGCAAAUAUUUCAAGGGAAUGAAGGGCUAUGGCCCAGGAGUGUGGAAAUCUUGGAGCUGUGUGAUAUUUCAGGUCCAUAGUAACCUUUCUCACAAAUUAACUAUAGGGGUGCAUGUCCCCUCCAGUCACUGAUGCCACUUGGAAGAAUCAAAAGAGAUGGAUUCAACUGAAAAACCAGACAAGGAAAAGUCACAAGAAAAUGCAUCUCCUACCAUCCCCCUGCUGACAGACAGUGAAGCAUUUCACUUCUUUGUGAGCUACAGCAGCCUGGACUCCUCUUGGGCCCACAAAUUCAUAAGAAAACUAGAGACUGAUUACUCAGAUCUGAGGAUCUGCUACCAUGAAAGGGAUUUUCUUCCAGGGAAAAACAUAAUUGAGAACAUGGUCGAUUGCAUCCAGAAGAGUCAAAAGAUGCUGUUAAUCCUUAGCCAAGACUUUGUCCAGAGCAGAUGGUGCUUGUUGGAGGCCAAUCUCUCUGUCUUUCGUUACUGUAUAGAGAGAAAGCCUGUCAUCCCCAUCAUGCUAAAGCCCUGCCAGGUUCCACUUCAUUUGAAUCAUUUAACAUAUCUGGAUGCCAAUGACAUCUCCUUCUAUGAAAAGGUCAUCAAGGCCAUCUGCACACCUAACCAUCUCAUGAAGCAUUCCACACUUGUCCCAUACCAGCUCUCCUCAAUCUACAAUGGGAAAACCCUGAUGGUCCUGCCCUGUAUCAAUAAAGACAACCUUCCAUCAUGGAAAUUGGGAACUUUCAGCACAUCUAAUAUCCCUGAUCCACUGAAAAUGGUCAUAGAUGAUCCAGAAGUUUAUAGAAGAGCCAUUAACAUCCUGAAUGGGGUCUCUUCUUCCAAAUGCUGUUUCCGAUAUUUGGGUUGCAGGAUCACAUUGUGCAUUAUCCUCUUAAUCCUUAGUAUAUUUUUCACUUUAUUUGCUAUAGUAAGUUUUUUUGCGACACAUAGCAAUUACCCAUUGUCAUCCUCAAACUUGGUUUUACAUUUCUUCAUGAUGCACUUCCCUAUGCUGUUUGUGAGUAUGAGCAUAGUGGCCUUGAUGGUAAAUAUGAUGUGUUGGGCUAGAAGAUCAAGAAAAGGGAAAUUACGAGAGUUGAACCUAAAAGUAGGAGAAGCCAAUCUCAUUCUGGCCAAUCACUCUGUGCUGAUUGGCUGUGAGACUAUAAAUAAACUCUUCUUUGUAUAUGUUUCACUUAAAGAAUGUGAAAAAGUUUUUCUGGAUACCUUUCCUGAUGAAAACCCUUCAGCUGAGGAGAUGUUCCAAAGUGCGAUAAUCCGCUAUUCUUCCAGUUAUGCCUGCUGUGUUGCUUACAAGCAUUUUCCCCUCCCUGAAGAAGUGGAAGAGGAAGGCCACAUGAGUGAUGGCAUAUGUUUUUGCCAGUAUGUCUCUCUACAGGUGAAAAAGAACAAGUGGCUAGGAGAUGGGUUGGGGCUAGCUUAGAUGUAGUCCUGCCCAGUAACUAGAGAUAGAAUUGAAGAUUCCUCAACCACUCUUGAGAGGUCAAUGCAAUAAUGAACAACUCCUCUUUUUUUGGGAGGGGGCAGCGUUCUUUUUAUGCUUUCUCUUUAUCAUGCCAUUUGUCUAAAAAUUGAGAUUGAUUCACGAUAUUCUAAAAGUCUGCUACUUGAACUCCCAAAGAGGUCAAACCAAUGGAAUACUAUUCCCUUGAAUUUGGUGUUCCAUCUCCCAU